CAUGGAAAAGGGGCUUACAUGUAAAUAUUUGAAUUUAAAUUUGUUGGGAGGUCCUUAUUGCUGGAAGUUCUAAUGAGUUUCUCUGUUUCGAUUUGAGAAUUUGGAACAAUGAAGCGGAGGUUGGUAAAAAAGUAGAAAACAGUGGAAGAAGCAAGAGGGUUUUCUGAAACCAAAGAGGAAAAUUCUUAGAAAUUAUGUACAUAUAUAGAUACACUAACACUGCUAUACUACCAUACUAUUACUAAUCAAAGUUCAUAUUUUGGGUUCAACCCAGAAAGAACCAAUGGGUCAAGAGCAAGAACAACAACAAACCCCUCCUCUUUCUUCCGCGGCGCCCUCUCAGCCGGACUCAACUCAAACUCAACCUCAACCUCAAACUCAGCCUCUUCCUCCGUCACCUCCUCCGCCCUUCGAUCCCAGUAGAAUGAUUGGCAUCAUCAAAAGGAAGGCUUUGAUAAAGGAGUUAGCUGCUGUAUACCAUGCUGAAUGCCUUGCAUACUGUCAAGAGCUUUUAGAGCUCCAAAGAAAGUGGAAUGAGCCAUUCAUUGACUUGAAAAUUCCAGAGGAUACAAGGAAAGACACAAUGCGACCCCCAAAGCGUCUAAAGAAACCCCGCUAAGCAAACACUGAUCUUUUCGUAAGAUUUGCAUCUUGAAACAUUGUUUGUGUAGUAAUAUUUAGUCAGAUGUAGAAACAUUCUUCAUUUUCUUUCCUUGCAGACAGCUUCCAAGAGUUUGUGAUUCCUGAUUUUUCAUUUCAAUGGACCACUGCAAUACCCAUUCAUAUUCUUUAAUGAAAGAAGUUUAGUGACUGA